GUUUACAAAUGAGUUGAUAUGGAUACAAAUGCUCUAAAGAAUUACAAAGGUUGCUGUGGUCGCGUGCUCCAAAGCAUACUGAUAGUUGUUGCACGUAUAGCAAUAACACAUUCUUGGUGCAUUAAAAAUUAUAACUGGGAAACGAGGCAAACAUUUUCUGUGCUGUUUGGCAUCCGAUUCCCCUUCUGUACCACACGGGGAGAGAACAAACUCAAAGCCAGCAGACAGAGAAACCAUUAGAGGUAAAGAUUUUAGAGCAUAAGGAGCUUUAUGUGUAGCGCUGGACACAAAUACGAAUAGCGUGUGCGGGGAGGAAGCGCAGACAUAGACAAGUAGGGGGGAGGCAGCAAGGUAAGAUGGCGAGACCACGACUACGACUCCCAGGAUGCCCUGCGGCCGCUGCCCGUCCCCACGGCAACGGCGGCACCCAACGGCUGUGCAGGAGGAUAGGAAGUCCCAAUAAGUAUGUGACACAGACGAUUCCCCAAAGCACAGAAAUAUUAGAAGCAGCAGCUGAAGCAGAGGUAAUGACUGUAAGCAACGCAGUGGAAAAUGCAGAAGUCAAAAUCAUUAAACUAACUAUUCUGAGGGCUUUGUCAGUGACUUGCUCUGAAACAGCUAGAAGCAGCCAUUGUUUAGAACUAUCUGAAACUGAAGAGAAGAAAAUGCAGAAAAAUGAAAGAAAGAAAAAGAAGAAAAAAGAACAACAGAUCUUUUCCCAAAACAAUAAAGGGGGAAAGAAAUUGCCAACUAAGAAGAUACCACAUCAGAAUUCUUCAUUUUUAAGCCUGCAGAAUAAUAUGAUUUCCCAGAAAAAAAAUAAAGUGGCUCAGCGAAUAUUAUCAGCAAGACUUCAUAAAAUUAAAGAGCUGAAGAAUGAAAUAUUUGAUUUGCAACACAAGUUAGAAGCAUCAAACUUAGAAAACCAGGUUUUGAAACGGCUUUGGUAUCGGCACUCAAAAGCAAUAGGUGGAUAUGAAAAUUCAGAAAGUGUCUUGCCUGAUCUGUUAACAAGGCAUUAUAGUGAGGUGAGUACUUUGAGGAAACACCUGAGGAUGUCUCAGGAGGAAGAAAGACGUGCAUCCAGAAAGCUUAGGAAAGUUGAAGCAGAGCUGCUAAAAGCUAAAGAUGAUUUGCAAGCCUUGUAUAAGCUUUCAGAAGACAAGACUCUUGCUGAGAAAGAGGAACUUUAUCACAGAUUAUCAGUCCUUACAGAAAAAAUGGAAGUGAAUAAUAAGAGAAUACAGAGCCUAGAAAAGCAGCUGAAGUUGAACAAUAGCACCUUUAGUCGCCAGCUGGCAAAUGAGAAUAAAAAAGCUGUUGAAGCUGGAAUAAUUACAAAGAACUUGCAAAUGGAAAUUAACUCUCUUCACCAAAAAAUUAAGGAAAAGGAUCGGCAACUUUACAUAAAGAACAUCUAUGCCAAUCGCUUGCUUAGAAUCCCAAAAGACAAAGAUGAUUCAGUACCUCACAACAAAAGUCUCAGUAUAAACACAUCAGUGCAAGCAGAUAAACAGCAUUUUAGAUCACUGCUAUCUCAGUACCAGUCCCAGGAAACAGAAGAAAGUCCAGUUCUGCUUCAUGAGGAGAAAAAGGCCUCAGAAGAUAAGAAACAAGAAGCUACAGCAAGCAAAGCAUACACUGAUACCCAAUGUGAAACAGAAAAGCAAUCAUCCAAGAAAAUACCAAAGCCAGAAAAUUUUUGUCAGACUCAUGGAGAAUAUUUAAAGGAAAACAAACCACAGACAACACACACUUGUCUGGAAUUUAUAAAACAAGAAGAAAGAAAGAGAGACUUGCUUAAACAGAAGUCAAAGAAAGCUGAAGAAACUCUGCUAAAUGACAGUGUAAAAGAGAACAGUCAAGAGGAAGAUGCAGUGGAAGAGAAAGAAAAAAAGUCAGAAGAACUACUAAGAAGUGGGAAGGCAGGGCAUAAUUUUUUAACUCCAAGAAACAAAACACUCUCUAAGCUGAAAAAACAAUACGUAUUCUCAGAAACCACUGAAAAUUUGUAUCACGGGCUUCCUACAUCAGGUACAAAAUCCACAAAAUGCAGUCUUCGCAACAACAGACAUGCAGGUCAGGACCACUGCAAAGAAGAAUCAAAAGUAAAGAAACUGUCUGGGCUAUAUGAACCAUCCUUCAGUAAAGUUACCAACAUGAGGCAGAAAGACGGUUUGACUGAAGCAGAAGGCUGUGCUCAUACAAUAUUCAGUGAAAGGAAGAAGAGUCUUAUGAAAGAACUCUUUGGACGAGGCAGUGUUUGCAAAGACAGCCAUUCGUGUUCUAACAUGAGAGGAAUGGAGAGAAAGCUGUGAGGGGAUGCAUGAUUACACAAGUGAAAUGUUAACCCUCCACUGAUUUAUAAAAUAGCGUCUAUCAUCUGAGUCAUUAUGAAUAACCUUAUAAGAAUACACAAAAUUGGUAUUUAUUAAGUAUAUCAACUUACCUUUCCAUUUCAAUUACGCACUGUUUUUAGCUUCGUAAAAUGUAUAUUAAUUCUUAGAAGUUUUGAGAAUUUCUGUCAAUGACUUUCAAAAUGAGAGGCAAAUCAGCUGUCACAGCAGAACAUUCUUCUAUUAUUGAUGCACAUGUAUGCAUCUUAGGGUGCCUCAACAAUUUUGUCAUUUUACCUGUUUUAGGGAGUGUCCAAGUUAGUCCUUUUUGGUUAAUCUUUGCAUUCUCUCUGCAGUUUGAAUCUUAAGUUAUUUGUUAACUAGCUGUAGUGAGCAGUCUGCUUUCAGAAGGUUCUUUAUUGAAUUGCUACCUAAAAUGUACUAAAAGAAAAUAAUUUUCUUUUCACUCCUGACAUAGCUUCCAGAAUUCACACAAUAAUUUGCUAUUACAUUGUUUUCAUUAGCAUUAUAAAGCUCUAAAGCUUCAUUCUUUUCCACUGUUAGAACUUACCAAAGCAGUUUGCCUGGUAACUUCCACAGCUGACAUCCAGAAUUGAAUGUGCAAGACUAAAGCAUUGUUCUGGAGAAGUCAGGCAUAUCUAGUUCUCAAAAAGCCUUUAAAAAUUUUGCAUUUAAGGUUAUGUAAGCAAGGGUAGGAAGAUUAUGUCUUGUUUCUGGUAGAAAUUCAUGAAAGGCUGCUAAAAUGUAAGCUAGGAAAAAGAUAUUCUACUAAAUUUUAAAAAGCAGUACCAAGAAAAAAGAAACCAUCUGUAUUAUGAAAACUUCUAAAGGUGAUUAAGAUAUUUUGAUCUGAA